UAAAGAUAUACCGUAAAAUCGUGCUCUUGAAUCGCGUUUAAACAGGUGCAACAACCCGAGAUACCUUUCGCUCCACAAUUUUUGUUUUUGUUUUCGCAUCAUGCCGCCAGCUACGAAUAUAAUAAUAUGGAAAUCUCACUAUUUAUUGUCAUCGUUUGUCGAAUAUUGUUCAUUUAGUAUUGAGGAAAAAAAAACAUAACUGAAAACCCGAAACCCUUAAACCGUUUAGUGAUUAGUACCUCCGUGUGUAUCUUCCCGGCCCGCCGCCGUGUCUGGGAACACUGCGAACACACAAUAAUCAUAGCAAAUAUUAUUAAUAUUACAAGUUCUAACGGACUCUAGUCAGCUUCGAACCACCUGCAGCACGACGCACUGAGGUCAGACAGUCGAUGUCGUACUUUGUUUGUGGCUCACCUCACCACCCUCACACGAGUGAAGCAGUGACAGUCGUAGGUACUGAACUCAGCGAGUUGCAAUAGGAUAUAAAUACUUCGCAGUUUAAUGUUGCCGUGUUCGAUCGUUCCAGCUUGCCCAGUCGAGUCCAUAGAUAUCAGCUGACGCCAGGCGCUAACCGGUCAACCGGAUUCGUUUCUAUUUCGCGAAUUACGAUACGAGGAAUACCAACGAGAACAACAAUAACUCAUGAGCUUUACCUUGUAAUAGAAUUUGAUGUAGUGACAAGAGGUGACCGCAGGACAUAGCAUCAAUAGUUAUUCUGUGGCAGUACCCGUCUACUCUGACAACUGAAAAUUUUUAUAUAACGAGUCAGCACUCAGCAAAUUGUGCCACGGGACACUGAUAGUCCAGCCUGCGACCGACCCAUGCCGCUUGUGACUGAAAACUAAUAUUAUAAUAAUUAACAAUAGUUGAAAUGAUGAAUAUUGAUGUAUCGAUUAAAUUGCCUCCACUAUUGCUGCGAGCAUUUUGUAUCAAUAUUAACAAAGCCAAAUGUAUCAAAUGUAAUAUAUCAUGUGCAUCUAAAGAGGAAGAUAUUCUUUUCCAUCUGUCUAUUUGUAAUGGGACUCUUAUUGAAGAAAAUAUUCAAACAGCAUUUAAAUUCAAUUGCCUGAAGUGUUAUUUUUUAACUAAUAGUAUUGAUCAAUGGAAAUGUCAUUUGUUCAAAUUUGAUCAUAUUUCCAAUAGUUUUGAUUCAGAUGAAAUGAAAUUUUCGUACAGUUGCAAUUUGUGUAGUACUCAUUUUUACGGUCUUAGUGAAAGUAUACUAAAACAUCAUUGCAAACCUCAAUUUAUUCCAUCAUUAUCACAUUUAAUGGCCUUUGUUUAUGAAAAAUGCAACAUUAUGGAUAAACACGCCAUGCUUCAUUAUUGUACUGACUGCUCUUAUUUCACUUAUGACUUAACAGAAUUGCAUAUUAAAAAACAUAGAGAAGUUGCCAACACUUCUGUUUGCAAUUCAUGCCUGAUAACAUUUUAUAGUUCUAGUAAUGAGGAAUUUUUAAACCACAAAGUUUCAUUUGAACAUAUGGUUCUGUGGUGUUCAAACGGUGCUCGAAGUGUACCAAAAAUGUCAACUACAACGUUUCAGAAAUUGCCUUACUACAUAACAAAAUAUGUUGUUAUUAGUUCAUUGUUAAAAAAAUUUUGUUGUAUUGUCUGCAAUACAAUAGACAUACUAACAUAUGAAUGUAUUUAUGAACAUUUUAAUAAAUGUAUUUCUUCCAAAAAAAUUUCGGAGACUAACAGCUGCAUGCCGUUGCUAAAAGUAAAUUGUAAUUUGUGUGAUUAUUCAUGUUCUGCAGUAGAUAAAAACUUGUACAAAUGUUGGGUGGAUCAUGUAAUAAGUUUUGAUCAUUUGAGUAAAACAGUGGUUGGAAAAAAAGACAAACAGAAAUUGAUUUCAUAUUACUGCUAUGUAAGUGAAACUGUAUUUUAUGGAACAGAUUCUUUUAUUAAAAACUUAAUUCUGAAAACAAAUAAUGAUAUCGGACGUCUCUUAUUUGUAUCAGAUUUAAUGGCUAAGGUGUAUAAUUGUGUCACAAAUACACAUUUCAGCUGUAAUAUUUUAUUUUGUUGUGGAAUUUGUCAAAAUCAUACAGACGACCACUCGUUUAAUUGUGUACAUAAAAAUAAUGAUUCAAGUCUAUCACUUUAUUGUUCCACUUGUUUAGUAAUGUUCAAUGUUGAAUCUGACUUCAAUGAACAUCUUCUAAGUAGUGAGCAUAUUAUUUUGAGAUAUUUUAAGUCUAAUCAAUUAGGCGAGCUUAAAAUUCUUGAUCGUUCGAUGGAAACAAUGAAGAUGUAUUUAACUAAUUUAAAUAAAAGUGACGAUGACGAUGAUAAUGAUGACGAUAGCGAUGAUUAUAACGAUGACAACCCUCGUGAUACCAUACGUCAGGACAAUAAUGAAAUAAUUACUUCUACAAAAAACAUAACAUCCUGUGAUCCAAAAGAAAACAUUACUAAUUUAAUAGAAAAACUAUCUGCACAGCCAAUAAAAUCUGCUUUUAACAAUUACCUAAGAAUGAAUUUUGAUUUGUUAAUCCAAAAGCCGCAAGCAAGUAAUGAUAUUAUUAAAUCAAGGGUGUUUGUUUGUGACAUUUGUAAUUUAGUUCUCCGUAAUCGUGAUGAUUGGAUUAAACAUGACACAGAGCAUCAUACCAAAAAUAUAAACCCUAAGGUUUUAUUCUGUAAUAUCUGUUGCAUUUACCUCGUGAGUACUUACGAUUCUAUUGACCAUCAUUUAAAGACAAUGGAACAUAAAGUAAUGGAAGUAUUUCAAGAAUACCCGAAUAAAAAUGUCAUCAAACCCUCUUUAAAUAAUACCCAUGAUUGUAAUAAAAACUUGAAUCCUACUAAAGAUGACAUGGGUUCUGAUUUCAAUGUUGAAAUUAAAAAAAUCGAAAAUUCAGAUGAAUAUACAAAGAAUAAAUCUAUUUAUAUAGAAAUUCAAAACGUGGCUAAUAAUUUAAAAAAAAAUAAUUAUUAUAUAUUGAACAAAAUAAUUCUAGAAAUAUAUGGGGACUUCAAACAAGUCGAAAAUGUAAACAAUUCAUUUCUGAUUCUUUUCGAAAAUAAGGACCAAAUCAAAUGUAUACGUGAAGAUGCAACAAAAUUGAAAGACCAGUAUGGGUUUACAUUACAUGUUAUAGAAAAAUAUACAGAAAAAGUAUUGUCAUUGGAGACAAUAGACUUAUUUAAAGAUUGGGGCUUGUUGUGUGCCAGAAUUCUCCGCGAUUUAGAAACAAUGGAUUUGACAUUAACCAGCGCCAAAAUUCAAUCCCGUAUUCAACAGUUGUGUGACUCUAUAUGUAGCCUUCAAAUUGUAACAGAUUUAAAACAAAUUUACAUUUUUGGCUCUCGAGUUUAUGGACUAGCAACAAACGCAACUGAUAUAGAUAUAUAUUUGGAAAUCGAUGGCACGUUUGACGGAGAAAUAGCGAAUGAUGAAGACAUUCAAGUGGAAUUGGUAAAAACAUUCGCUGAACGUUGUCUAUCAAAACCCAAAGUCUUUCAAAAUGUUGAAUCAAUCUGCCAUUGCCGUGUACCUAUUGUUACAUUUUAUCACGUACCAUCAAAGCUCAUCUGCGAUGUAUCGUUUAAAAGUGGUCUUAGCACGUAUAACACUAAACUAAUCAAAUUUUAUUUGUCAAUGGACACUACUGUAAAAUGGCUGGUCUGCGUCAUCGUGAAAAAUUGGGCUCUUCAAAAUGGUUUAAAGGACAGACAUUUAUUCACCAGUUAUGCCUUAAUAUGGCUAGUACUAUUUUACUUGAUGACAGAAAAAGUGGUUCCAUCGUUGAUCGAACUCAGGAAAAAUGCAACUAAAGAUGAUCAUAAAGUCAUUGAAGGAUGGGACUGUACUUUUGGAAAAUGUUUGCGCAAUAUCAGUGAGGCUAAACGCCCUAAACUGCUAAUGGGUUUUUUUCAAUACUAUGCAAAUAAGAGAGCAUUAAAGGACAAUGUACUGUCUACUUGCACCGGUCAGUUAAUAAAAAAGCAGGCAUUUUAUGAAAAGUUCAGCCAACUAUCUGGACUAAGUAAAAUACAGAGAACAAACUUUAAGAACUUUAAAUCCAAGGUUGAUUCAAAUUUUGAAAAAAAUUACGGACUGGUUCUGCAGGAUCCAUUUGAACUGUCCUUCAACUUAACAAGAAAUUUACAUAAAAAAGCUUUGACAGACUUUUGUGAUCUGUGUCAUCAAAGUUCAACCCUCUUAAUAAAUAUGAAGGGUUACAAUAUGUUUUCUAAUACCUAAUAUUUUAUUUUAUUUUACUAUUUUUAUGACUCAAAUUAAUAAUAGUACAUUUAUACAAAAUGUCUCAAAUUUUUAUAAAUCUUCGAAAUUGCAUUGAUAAAUAAAUAUAUAAAAUUUAUAUGAUAAGAGUUUUUUUAGUAUGGAAUUUUGAAAACAGUCAUGUCAAUAGAUCAUUUUAUAGCAAAAUAAAAGUAUUUGUCCUUUGAUAUAUUA